AGUUAAGUUAACUAUAAGCAAACCUAGCUUAGUGUUUGUGUGUGUAUGUGUGUUUAGGAGAUGGGCUAAGUCCCAGUGAUCUGCUGCUGGUUUAAGGUUACUACCAGGUGUCACAGAAAGAGGCAGUGCUGAGUUGAAGGGGGAGAAAAUAGGAAAGCGAUAGAAAUGUACACUGAAAAACACAGAGAAGGGAGAGACACGAGACAGCAGCUUUUUUGGUUCGCGUUUUAGUCUUUAUUUGGGCUCCCAAUAGGUUUUUAUAGCUAUUUAACCUACAGUGGAUUCAACGGAGAAGGCAGCAAUCAGAUAACUAGCUAACGCUAGCUAGCGUAGCUAAACAGAUAGGUUAGGUAGCUUCUUAGCUAACGCUAGCUUGCUAACGCUAACUAGUUAGUUAGCAAGCUAGCUAUCUAAGCUAACAGUUACAGAUUCGCAAACAUAUAUAUUGCAUGAAUGCUCAAUGUCCGCUUGGCUGCGGCGAAAGCGACGCUGUAACGAUGGAGAAAAUGCUUCUCCGAGACGGAAAAGCAUCGUGCUAAUUCUUUUUCUGCACCGAAACUGGGUGUAAAUAGGAAGGACGCCACAUUUGCUGUUGAGAAAAUAGCUGGCGCUGUAGAAAAUGGGGUGUUUGGGGAACAGUAAAACUGAAGAUCAGCGCAUCGACGAAAAAGCACAGCGAGAAGCGAAUAAGAAAAUAGAUAAACAAUUACAGAAAGAGAGACAGACGUAUAAAGCUACACAUCGACUGCUAUUACUGGGGGCUGGAGAAUCCGGGAAAAGCACUAUUGUGAAACAGAUGAGGAUUCUUCACGUAAACGGUUUCAACGCAGAAGAAAAGAAGCAGAAAGUCCUAGACAUACGGAAAAAUGUGAAGGAUGCUAUCGUGACAAUAGUGUCUGCAAUGAGCACUUUAAUCCCUCCUGUCCCUCUCGCCAACCCAGAGGACCAGUUUCGGAUUGAUUACAUCAAAAGCAUAGCACCACUGUCGGAUUUCGACUACUCGCAGGAGUUUUUUGACCAUGCCAAAAAACUUUGGGACGAUGAAGGAGUGAAGGCGUGCUACGAGAGGUCCAAUGAGUACCAGCUCAUCGACUGUGCACAUUACUUUCUUGAUCGAAUCGAUGCAGUAAGACAGAGUGACUAUACACCAACAGACCAGGACUUGCUGCGGUGCAGAGUUCUAACAUCAGGGAUUUUUGAAACUCGAUUUCAAGUAGACAAAGUCAACUUUCAUAUGUUUGAUGUGGGAGGACAACGAGACGAGAGGAGAAAAUGGAUCCAGUGCUUUAAUGACGUCACUGCAAUUAUUUUUGUGGUUGCCAGCAGCAGCUAUAAUAUGGUCAUUAGAGAAGACAACACCACAAAUAGACUUCGAGAAGCACUCGAACUCUUUCGUAGUAUCUGGAACAACAGAUGGUUACGGACCAUCUCUGUUAUAUUAUUUCUCAACAAGCAGGACAUGCUGGCAGAGAAAGUAUUAGCUGGGAAAUCCAAAAUUGAAGACUAUUUCCCAGAAUAUGCUCGCUACACCAUACCAAAUGAAGCAACUCCGGAACCGGGAGAAGACCCAAGAGUAACGAGAGCCAAGUAUUUCAUUCGUGACGAGUUCCUGAGAAUCAGCACUGCGAGUGGAGACGGACGCCAUUACUGUUAUCCUCAUUUCACGUGUGCUGUCGACACAGAGAACAUCCGCAGGGUGUUUAACGAUUGUCGGGACAUCAUCCAGAGAAUGCACCUGAGGCAGUAUGAACUCUUGUGAUCUGGUUCACCGUAGCCAGAAUGCUUUUUUUUUCCCCCACAAACCUUUCUCCUAACGCCCGUGCUUACACACUUACAUACAAACACACACACACACACACCCCGCUCCCUUGUUUAAGAGUGUUCCCACUGCUAAACAAGGCCAAACUAAAUCAAGGACAAUAUAUAUGUACUACUGAAUUUUCUAGACCCUCAUUUUGUUUGUUCUUGUCAUUUGUUGAUUGGAGGAAUGUUUUUUUUUUCCUAUUUUUUUCGCUGUUCCACUAAGCCUUUGGCUACCUCCUUUCUUUUUAUUUAAUAUAACUGUAUUAAUAUACAAAAAAUAUAAAGUAUAUAUAAAUAUAUAUAUAUAAAUAUAUGAGCACACACGCACGCACGCACGCACACAUAAUAAUCUGGCAUCUGCCAAUUUAUUGCAUCACCUCGUGACCUCCAGACCCCCCUGACCUCUCAGCCUCGUGGGCUCUCUGCUGCUCUUUCGUUCUGAACACUGAAGAGUGCCAACAGAUGGAGGGGUAGCACACUAGGAAAAAAGAUAAGAAGAUGAGAUGAAGAUGAAGAGAUGAGGAAAAAGAGAGAGGAGAGAAGAAAUGCACUUUUUCAUCAGGUUUUGACUGACUAUAUUUGCUUUCAAAGAUGGACACACUCAAUGUAGCAUUGUAAUGUUUGAUUCUAUGUCCUGCUUUGAGCUGUGGUCGGUUGGAGUUCAGGUGAAGAGAAACUCCAGUAGGAGUUCCAUAGGAAGUUGUAAGUCCACUCUGGAGAAAAAGGUAAAAGGAACCACAGUCCCUCAGAUUUGUCCCAACAUUUGUCCUCAGACCAUUUUGGUUAAAAAAUAUAGAAUAAAAAAAAGUAACUCAUUUUUAUUUUAGUUUCUUAACUUGUACAUAUUGUGCAAGGUUAAAUUUCUCCUGUACAGAUUAUUAAAAGGUUACUAUGAUUUUGUACAACUUCAUGGAAAGAGAAGUAAAAAAAAAAAAAUCUACUUGUAGAUCUUUGUGCCUUCAUUAUGGCUGUACCUGUAAAUGAAGCUGAGAUGUAAGUAUGUUUUUGACUGCGCUGUACAGCUUGAUGUCACCCUUGUCAGCAGAGCGGACUGCAGAUGGGGACCUACUAUAGAGUUUAGUUUCUUUUUGUUUAUAUAAAAAGGAAAUGCUUUUUACUAAAAAAAAAAAAAAAAGGAAAAAAAAGACAAAUCUAAAAAUCUGUAUACAUUAUGCAAAUUAAUUUCAUUGCCAUCACAUGAAAGAGCACCAUGGGUUUGGUUUGGUUUUAUUUUUCGUUUUAAGCUUUAAAAAUAUUUUAAAUCAGUUAGUGUUCAAAAACACGACCUGGUGGUGUUUUCAUAAGGACCUUUUUCGAUAUAUGACUGUGUGUGUGAGUGUGCGAGAGUGUGUGUGUGUGUGUGUAAGAUUGUGUGUGAGAGAAAGAGAAAAGGGGGGAGAGAGAGAGAAAGCGAGAGAGUGAGAGAGCACACAGUACAGAGACAUUGAGCCAGAUGCAUGAUAUGUAUGUGUGUGUGUGUGUAUGAAAGAGUGAGUGCAUUGUGUGCACUCAUAACUGUGUGUACAUGUAAAUUUAUAGGUUUAUAUAAAUAUAUAUGUACAAUUCUACAUGUUUAAUUAUGUGUGUUUAGGUGUCUACAUGCCUUUCUAUGUAUACAGUGAAGAUGUGUACAUACACACAUAGAUAAGCAUGUCUGGAGUGAAAUGCAAAUAUGGAAUAAAUGAGUGUGUGCAUUACA